CAAACCCCAUUUUUCAAAUUCAUAACUCAAGCUUUGACCUUCUAAAAUCAUGCGAUCCAGAUCUCUGAGUCCUUACUCGAUUCCAAUUGCCGCAUGAUGGCAGGGUUUCUGGCCGUAGUGGUGGUGUUCUCUUUCAUCAUCGUCGGGUCGACUCAAGAACCACCGUACAGGAUCCACACAUUGUUUUCAGUUGAAUGCCAGAAUUACUUUGACUGGCAGACGGUGGGGCUUGUUCAUAGCUUCCGGAAAGCCCGUCAACCCGGCCCGAUUACUCGGCUUCUCAGCUGCACCGAUGAGGAGAAGAAGAGUUAUAGAGGAAUGGACUUGGCUCCCACUUUUGAAGUCCCUUCCAUGAGUAGACACCCUAGAACUGGUGACUGGUACCCUGCGAUUAACAAACCAGCUGGAGUUGUUCACUGGCUCAAACAUAGUAAAGAUGCACAGAAUGUUGAUUGGGUUGUUAUACUGGAUGCAGAUAUGAUUAUCAGAGGCCCGAUUUUACCAUGGGAUAUUGGUGCCGAGAAAGGGAGACCCGUUGCUGCAUAUUAUGGGUAUUUGGUGGGAUGCGAUAAUAUACUUGCCAAAUUGCACACAAAGCACCCUGAACUUUGUGACAAAGUUGGUGGGCUUUUAGCCAUGCAUAUAGAUGAUCUUCGAGCUCUAGCACCAAUGUGGCUUUCUAAAACAGAGGAAGUACGUGAAGACACAGCUCAUUGGGCAACAAAUAUAACCGGUGAUAUUUAUGGCAAGGGGUGGAUCAGUGAGAUGUAUGGAUACUCAUUCGGUGCAGCAGAGGUGGGACUUCGACACAAAAUUAAUGAUAACCUGAUGAUCUACCCAGGAUAUAUUCCACGAGCAGGCAUUGAACCUAUUCUCAUGCAUUACGGCUUACCAUUUUCUGUUGGGAAUUGGUCAUUCAGUAAACUUGGACACCAUGAAGAUGAUAUUGUGUAUGACUGUGGACGACUCUUCCCUGAACCUCCUUAUCCCCGAGAGGUGAUAGCAAUGGAACCUGAUGAAAACAAGCUGAGGGGACUUUUCUUGAAUCUAGAAUGCAUCAAUACGCUAAAUCAAGGUCUCGUAUUGCAGCAUGCAGCAUUCGGCUGCCCUAAGCCAAAAUGGUCAAAAUAUUUGAGUUUCUUGAAAAGCAAAAACUUUUCUAAGAUGACUCAACCAAAAGGUCUGACCCCUCAGAGCCUGCAGAUGAUGGAGUCUCAUGUUGAAGAACACAAAGCAGAUGAACCCGAACAUGUUGAAGAACACAAAGCAGAUGAACCCGAAAAUCUACAUACAAAAAUCCAUACACUUUUCUCCACAGAAUGUACCCCAUAUUUUGAUUGGCAAACCGUUGGUCUGAUGCACAGCUUCCGCCUCAGUGGCCAACCAGGAAAUAUCACAAGGCUUCUCAGUUGUACAGAAGAAGACCUGAAACAAUAUAAAGGUCAUGAUUUAGCUCCCACACAUUACGUCCCGUCUAUGAGCCGCCAUCCAUUAACAGGCGAUUGGUAUCCAGCUAUAAAUAAACCUGCUGCAGUGCUUCAUUGGCUUAAUCAUGUCCAAACUGAUGCAGAAUUUAUAGUAAUCCUUGAUGCUGACAUGAUCAUGAGAGGACCGAUUACACCAUGGGAGUUCAAAGCAGCACGAGGCAGACCGGUUUCAACUCCCUAUGACUACCUUAUCGGGUGUGACAAUGAGCUUGCAAAACUCCACACUAGCCAUCCUGAAGCUUGUGACAAGGUUGGUGGUGUGAUCAUAAUGCACAUAGAUGAUCUCCGAAAGUUUGCUCUCUUGUGGUUGCACAAAACAGAGGAAGUCAGAGCCGAUACUGCUCAUUAUGGGAAAAAUAUAACCGGAGACAUCUACGAAUCUGGGUGGAUUAGUGAAAUGUAUGGCUAUUCCUUUGGUGCAGCCGAGCUGAAGUUGCAUCAUGUUAUAAGCCACAAGAUUAUGAUAUACCCUGGGUAUGUUCCCGAACCUGGUGUUAAGUAUCGAGUUUUCCACUAUGGAUUAGAUUUCCGAGUUGGGAACUGGAGUUUUGACAAAGCAGACUGGAGAAAUGUUGACCUGGUGAAUAAAUGCUGGGCUAAGUUUCCCGACCCUCCCGAGCCUUCUGAAGCUGACCAAACAAGCGAUGAUGCUCAACAACGUGACUUGCUAAGCAUCGAGUGCGGAAAGACACUGAAUGAAGCUCUUCGUUUGCACCAUGAAAGGAGGAAAUGCGGUGAUCCUACUUCCGAGAUCCCACCGGAUCUGGAGACGGUCGAUGAAGGAACGACAGCUAGGAAAUUUGACCAGCUUGAGGAAAGUAAUCUUGUAACGACUAACAACUCUGCAUCGGUGGUGGACUUGCCCGAAGAAUCUAGCCAAACUUUUCUUCAUUUUAGAUUCUGGAUGAUCUUUUUAUGGGCAUCUUCCGUCUUGGGUUUUGGGGUGGUGAUGACGGUGAUCGUUAGAGGACGUAAAGGGCAGAAGAAAAGAGGGAAAGGUGUAAAGAGUAGGAAAAGAUCGUCGCAAUCAGGGUUCAGGGACGUGAACGACCAAGAUAGGACCAUUCGUGAAGCAUCGUGAAAGCUCGAAAGAAAAUCCAAUCAAUCUCUAGCUGGUUUCAUGACAAAAUUUUUAGCAUAAAUUGGUGGAUGGUUCUAGAAGAGAUCCUGAGUCUGGAAAUCUUGAAAUCCUGUCAAGAUUUGAAUGGCUAAAAUGUGUAAUCUGUUGUAAUGUUGAGAUUACAUUCAGGAGAAUGUAGAUUUUGGGAAACCUGAGAUUGUAAGAGUUGAAACACAUAAUUUACGAGAUAUGAAAUCCUUUUGUUGUAAUUCCUAUCGAUGAUUUUAGUGUAAUUGAAGAGAUUGGAGGUGCCAACAUUCGUACAA